AGGAAAGCAAAAUGUAAACAAUAGUCACGAGUAUUUGUUUCUUGGGGUAGGCUGAAGUUCAGAUAGCCAAGUAAUAGUACGCAGCAAAGGCUGGUUAUAGCAGGAGUGAUAUGUUAUUGACAGCUGCAGUUUUAGUGACUACAUCUUCAGACCGUGCACUUUAUAGCAUUAGGCAGCUGUGCUGAAUGCUUGACUACUAAAAUUCUCGGGAUUUCUGUUGCCACGAGGUCAGAUUUUAUGUCCACCAAGUACACAUCUGCUGUCAAAACUAUUUAAGAUUAACUUUCUUAGACGUUACUUUGUAAAUCGAAUGUCACGUUGCUGAUGGUGGAAUUAGAAAAUGAGAUUUUUGCAACUUUUUGGACGGCUGAAAUCGGUUGUAAUUGGCAUGGUCCAUGUUAAAGCUCUUCCAGGAACACCAUUAAAUAAGUUGCCAGUAGACAAAAUAGCUGAAGAAGCUUGCCUUGAAGCUGAAGUCUACAGAUGCAUGGGAAUAGAUGGUUUGAUAGUGGAAAACAUGCAUGAUCUUCCAUAUACAUUGACCGUUGGACCUGAAGUAAUUGCAGCAAUGGCAACCAUCUGUUCUUCUGUUAGACUGGCUUGUCCCAAGCUUCCGCUGGGAAUCCAGGUACUUUCUGCAGCAAACAAAGAAGCUUUAGCCAUUGCACAUGCAGCAGGACUUGAUUUUAUCCGAGUUGAAGGGUAUGUCUUUUCUCAUAUUGCUGAUGAAGGUUUCCUUAAUGCCUGCGCGGGGGAUCUUCUAAGGUACCGCAAACACAUCGGAGCAGAACAUAUUCAGAUAUUUACUGAUAUCAAAAAGAAACACAGUUCCCAUGCUGUAACAUCUGAUGUCAGUGUACCUGAAACUGCAAAAGCUGCUGAGUUUUUCCUAUCUGAUGGUGUUAUAUUGACUGGGAUAGCUACUGGAGAACAAGUAAAUCCCAAGGAGCUGAAAGAGACUGCACAGGCUGUGAAAAUUCCAGUUUUGAUCGGAUCUGGUGUGACCCUUGAAAACGUGGAGCAGUAUGUGGAUGCAAGUGCCAUGAUCAUUGGUUCACACUUCAAGAAAGGAGGCUAUUGGGGCAAUAAUGUUGAUCCUGAAAGAGUUCAAAAAUUUAUGGAUAAAAUACAUAUGCUUCGUAAAUAAAAUGUUAUACUGAA